GCGUAGAGUCGUCCGGGCCCCGCCCACCGCUGCCUGCCUCUGCUGGGCGCCAGCUGCUGCUUAGGCCUGAAAGAAGGCCGACGACGGGCGGGUGCUGCUGCAUCGUGAGUGCCAGCCGGGGCUGGUGGGUCCCGCACCCUUGUUUCUCACCGGCGUGCUCUCGGACAUGGUGACCCCCAGCUCUGUGACCAGCCGACUGGGCUCGGUGUUCCCCUUCUUGUUGGUACUGGUCGACCUGCAGUACGAAGGUGCUGAAUGUGGAGUAAACGCAGAUGUUGAGAAACAUCUUGAAUUGGGCAAGAAAUUACUUGCAGCUGGACAGCUAGCGGAUGCUUUAUCGCAGUUUCAUGCUGCAGUAGAUGGUGACCCAGAUAACUAUGUUGCUUACUAUCGGAGAGCUACUGUCUUUUUAGCUAUGGGCAAAUCAAAGGCAGCACUUCCUGAUUUAACUAAAGUGAUUGAAUUGAAGAUGGAUUUCACUGCAGCAAGAUUACAGAGAGGUCACUUAUUACUCAAACAAGGAAAGCUUGAUGAAGCAGAAGAUGACUUUAAAAAAGUGCUCAAGUCUAAUCCAAGUGAAAAUGAAGAAAAGGAAGCCCAGUCCCAACUUACAAAAUCUGAUGAAAUGCAGCGUUUGCGUUCACAAGCACUUGAUGCUUUUGAAAGCUCGGAUUAUACUGCUGCUAUAACCUUCCUUGAUAAGAUUUUAGAGGUUUGUGUUUGGGAUGCAGAACUACGGGAACUUCGAGCUGAAUGUUUUAUAAAAGAAGGGGAACCUAGGAAAGCGAUAAGUGACUUAAAAGCUGCAUCAAAAUUGAAGAAUGACAACACUGAGGCUUUUUAUAAGAUCAGCACACUGUACUACCAACUAGGAGACCAUGAACUGUCCCUCAGUGAAGUGCGUGAAUGUCUUAAACUUGACCAGGAUCAUAAAAGGUGUUUUGCACACUAUAAACAAGUAAAGAAACUUAAUAAGCUGAUUGAGUCAGCUGAAGAGCUCAUCCGAGAUGGCAGAUACACAGAUGCGAUCAGCAAAUAUGAAUCUGUCAUGAAAACAGAGCCAAGUGUUUCCGAAUAUACAAUUCGUUCAAAAGAAAGGAUUUGCCACUGCUUUUCUAAGGAUGAGAAACCUGUUGAAGCUAUUCGAGUGUGUUCUGAAGUUUUAAAUACGGAACCUGACAAUGUGAAUGCUCUGAAAGAUCGAGCAGAGGCUUAUUUAAUAGAAGAAAUGUAUGAUGAAGCUAUUCAGGAUUAUGAAACUGCUCAGGAACACAAUGAAAAUGAUCAGCAGAUUCGGGAAGGUCUAGAGAAAGCACAAAGACUAUUGAAACAGUCGCAGAAACGAGAUUAUUAUAAAAUCUUGGGAGUAAAAAGAAAUGCCAAAAAGCAAGAAAUCAUUAAAGCAUAUCGAAAAUUAGCACUGCAGUGGCACCCAGAUAACUUCCAGAAUGAAGAAGAAAAGAAGAAAGCUGAGAAAAAAUUCAUUGACAUAGCAGCUGCUAAAGAAGUACUCUCUGAUCCAGAAAUGAGGAAGAAGUUUGAUGACGGAGAAGAUCCCCUCGAUGCCGAGAGCCAACAAGGUGGUGGCGGCAGCCCUUUCCACAGGAGCUGGAACUCAUGGCAAGGCUUCAAUCCUUUCAGCUCAGGCGGACCUUUUCGAUUUAAAUUCCACUUCAAUUAAACCAGCUGUUAUUUGUUGUUCUUCCUUAAUUUUUUUAAAGAUUAAAAACAAAGAAACCUUGUUCCAGGAUCCUAAUGAAAAUUUCAAAUCUUUCAGUUUGUCCAUGACCAAAGAGUUGUUUUAUAGGAAAAAUUUGUUCUUACCAUUUUACCCUUGAGGUUGAUGGGUUUGUGAGGGCAGGGAGGCGAGGAAUGUUCUAGUUCUGACCAAAUAGCCUGUGUAUAUGUUGUGACUGUCUGGAAGCAGUGGUCUGAGGCAGGCUCCCCUGUGGGAGCGCUCACAUAGUGUCUAUUUUUCUACACUGCGGCCCGUAGAAAUUGCCUGGCGUAGUACGUCAGCGCCCACGUGGAUAAGGAGCUGCCAACUUCCUGAGCAUGGGUUGUAUUCAGUAUUCUAACAAGAAGAUUGACAUUUUGAGCUAUAUGUUCUUAGGGACAACUUUGCUUAGAUUUUGGUCAGUCCAGUGACUUGCAAAUAUUUGUUAAAUUACAGAGCCACACGCACUUCCAUCUCCCUCUAGCAUGAACACGGCUGUCACUGAAGGACGGGCAGAGCCCAUCUUUUAGAGAACCUGCUACGAAAUGGUAGUUGGUAUAGCCAGGUUUAGACUUUGGAUUGAUGAUAAGCAUAUACUUUGUAUUAUUAUUUUUUUGUUUAGUACCUGCAAUAGAAUACUGAAAACCACUGAAAUAGAAUUAAUUGUAAAACCUCUGGGCCCUUUUGUUUAAUAUGAAACUAACACAUUAACUUAAAAGAUAAGUUAUGUAUAAAAUCAGUUCAGCUAAUACAGCAGUGGUAUUAUUUAAAAUAAUAUUGCUGAACUGCAGAGUGAAAUACUUUUAACAACUGAAGUUGUGAGUUAAACAGAAUUUCCUGUAACAGGAUUGGCUUAGAAAUGUAAAGUUGCUCAGUCAACAUAAAUAGCAUACCCUGUUUCCCACUUUUAAUAAAUACAUUGGCACAGCUUCUCUUACCUUCUGGCUGACCCUUUGGGGCUGUAGUAACCCGCACGUGGGACCUGUUUAAGAUGGGCGCUAAAUAGCAGACCUGUUCUCUUUACCAGACCUUGAUGCCUCUAGAUGUUCUCCUGCCUAGAAAAAAACACAGGUUUACAAAUCUAGUCAGCUCUGGCUAUAUUUCCACUAUCACCAUGGCAACUUUUCUUUGGAUACCUUCUUACCCUUUAAGAAAUGAACUAUUCAAUCUUUGUAUAUUCGAUAAUUUUUUCCUUAAAAAAAAGUGUUUAAUCAAGAACAUUAAAUAUUUAUGGAACUAUUGAUGCUGCAUUUAAAAUCUAAGAGAAUUACUUUAGAUAAGAAUUAUUACCUUUAUUCUAGAAAGGUUUUUGUGUUUGCCUCAGAGCAUUUUGAAGCAUUUUAAGCCGUAUGGGUCUAAUAUAUGGUUUUUAUGAAAUCAAGCAUUUUAAUUUUAGUUGUGGGUGGCAUCCUGACCAGUAAUAUCCACAACAGCCAAGCACAAAUCAUUUUCUUCUACAGUCAUCCUGAAACGUGGAAAAAAUUUUUUUAAACUGAGAGACAAAAAUAGUUUAGUUGGGGAAAACACAUAAGUGCUUUUUGCGUCUAUUUAGAAGUCUAUAUUUCUUACCAAUAAACUUAAUGCAUUUUGAAAACUAGUGAACAGCUUGCAGCUUUCAUUUUGCUUUAAUGUCUCCAAAUUCAAGCCAUUGCGACAAUAAUUUCUAAGGAAGAUUCAUUUUUUGUUUAUUUAAUCUCAGUAAUCUCAUUACUUAUAUAAGAAAUACUUUUUUUUUCCAAUCUGGUUCUUUUGUAUGUACUGUCACUGUGACCUCUUUGAAAUCUAACACUGGCCUCCAUCUACUUUCAAAAUGAAGAAUUUUCACACACAGUCAGAACAAAGGAAAUAUCACAUCACUCGCCCUCCCUUCAGAGAGGAUGGGAAGUUGCCCACAAGACGGAGCCAGAGGGAGUCAGGAGGGUUCGGACUGGGCUGCGUGGGCGCUGCAUCCCGCACAGCCUCGCUGCCUGCAACCUGCUGUUUGCAUUAUCUUUUCUCCACUUACAAUAAUUCCUCUUUGUAAAGUCUUACUGUGGAUUUAAGUAAGUCAUCGUAACACAUGUGCAGAGUGCUUUGCCUGUUUUCAGAGAAGAAAGAGUAAAAGCUAUCAUGCCACGUGCCAAUGCCACUGAGAAAUUAAUUCUCCGGAAUUUGUUGUUUUGCUGACUAAUGAAGAAAACAACGGCCUUUCAGUUCCAGCCUUGAUGGGCAUCAGUCUCUGGCACCCACCUGAAUGGGAAGACGGUGGUCACUCCAUGUUUCUUUAACAGGAAGAAAAACGUGUGUCAAGGGAUAGUCGUUCCUCUUGCCGGCCUGAUGGAGAUCGUGAUGCAGUGGGACUCAGAUGACAGAGAAAGUGCUGGACGUGUGUUUAGGCUACUUUCACUUACCGCUCUCUGGUCUCCUUUUGCAGACUGCAGGUGCCCAGUAACUUUUAUGGCUCUUUCUGGAAAAGUAAAAUCAGGGGUGCACUCCGCCUUACCUGUAUAAUUUUCCUUCUUAAACUCCUCCUUUCCUUUUUGGUGAGCUCUGGAAGUGAAGUGUCACUGGUAUGUACAUUGUGGAUAUUUUCCACAGCAGCAAGUAUUAAACACAUCAGCCUAUAAAUGUGAAAAAGUUCUAAAAAGAGAAUAAAUUAAUUUAUUGCUCACUUCUGAAAGUUUGUGCUUUCUUACCAUGGAUAAAUGAAAACCAGUAAUUUACUGAUGUGACUUGGAUGUAACAUAAUACUAAUUUUAAAGUAUCUUUAGUCAGUAUUAAAAGUUUUAAGUAUCAGUAUGGAAACAACUUUUGGGGACUCUGAUAAUACAAUGUAAAAACUACCCACAAAUUUUUUAAGAGAAAAAUACUCCUAAUAACCGAGUAGAAAAAAAAAGUUAAUAGAACCACAAUUUGAAAUUGGCACCAUUUUCUAUUCAUGGUGGGAAAUUUCAGAUUUCACCUUUAAAGGUAUGAAAGUCAUCAGAAGUUGUAUGUGAGAUAUACCAUGAAAACAAAUGCAUAAGACGCUUAGGUUAAAAAUGGUUCCUCAGUCAGGUCUGCGUUAGACCAGCUGACUUAAAGGUACAGGGCACCGGUGACAGGCCUGGCAAAGUUUUCACUGGGUACACACAUCAAUGGCAUCUCCUAGAGAAAUUCCUGCAACUUUGUUGAAUGUACUUUACUUUUCCAUAUUUAUAAAGGAAGAAGGCAAAUGGUAAUUUGUCAACAAAUAAUAUCCUUAUUCUAAAUCAGAUCAUUCCUUGUAGUAGAGUUUACUCUGUAAUUGCAAAUAUUGUUAAUAGGUGGGGACAAUUUUUUUUAACAGAUGAUCUCAUUUGCUGAAUGAUUUGAGAGUAAAAUUAGCCACUGCGUGGCUUUGUGUAUAGUAACAGGUUUUGUUGCACUCAUCUGUGGUUGAACCUCUUACCUGUCGUGGAAAGCAGAGUGCAGAGAAGGUAAAAACUGGAGAUGUUUGAGAAGUGAAAAUAUUACUCUUACUGUAAGGCCACAGUUGGCUUUGAAUGAGACAAGACUAAAUAUCCUAAUCCAUCUCAAUUUAGUGUUUUAAUAAAAAAACUGAAAAUUAGUUGAAAUGGUCUCAGACAUGUCUACAAUAUGGGUACUAUUUUUAUGCCCGUGUAUUUUCACAUUUAAUAAAAAUAUUUAUGGUCAAAAUCA